UCGUUUGGCCUUCGCUGUCGAGGGCAUGGGUGCCUGCAAUGAGAAAUCCACGGACUAUAACCGAUUUACCACUCGAAGUGCUCGAUAUGAUAUUUAGUAACUUACGAAAUCUGAGGGACAAACUUCGACUGGCGCAGGUGGAUGACUAUCUGGGAAAAGCGUUUUCCUAUCACAGCCGCAGUGAUUUCAAGAAGUUCUCCCCGAAAAUACAUUUUCCGGUGCGGCUUUAUCGUGUUCUGUUGGCGAACUGUGGCCCGUCGAUUGUGGAAUUCAGCUGUGGAGCGGACACCUGGAGCGAUCUGUUGGCCAAAUCGAUUGCGAAGCACUGUCCCAACCUGGAAUCGGUGAACAUUAGUGCUUCAUUAAGAAACAGUCACAGCCUUCAAUUUUUCCUGCUGAACCUGGCAAACUCACUAAUUUCGGUUGAGCUGAAGCUCAACGACAGUUGCCAAUCCCCGAGGAUCCUUAAUGCCGUGGCGGAGCUGAAGCACUUGAAAAAGUUCCUGUAUGAAGGAUACAUCGACCGAGGGGUCAAUCAGCUGUGCAAACUGGUUGAUCUGGAGGAGCUGCAACUCGUCUAUCAAGGCAGAGGAUACCGAUGUAGGGCAGUCAAUCUUCUUCAAAUUUGCGGAAAUAUGACAAAUCUCCGGUGUUUGACUGUGAGCAAUAUAUGUAUAUCUCAGCCAGAAAGUUUCCAUCCCAUGAUAUGGCCAAGCUUAAAAGUCUUGAAAAUGCAGAAUUGUGAAAUCUCCACAGCGAUGCCCGAUUGUCCGAAGCUGAAAACCUUAUAUAUCAAAUUCUGCAAGUGUAGGAUCAAAGGAUACGUCAGCAGUUUCAUACUGAAGAACGGCAGGAACAUCGAGGAGAUCGAUGAAAGCUGUGAGCCGGCACCAUUCGAUGGGCGGAGUUUCCUUGAAGUCAUUCGCAGCUGUCCCAAAUUGCAAGUAUUGUCCACUCAAAUGGGUGGUAUCAAAAUCUACCAAGCUUUCGUCACCUCCAUAGUGGACAUUCUCAAGGAGUCAGUAUCAACGCGAAAGGAGCCCUUCGAACUGAUAUUGUACUGCCGAGAUAAGCUUAGAUGGUUUCGACGAUUUUUGCAACGGACUUCUAAUCCCGAAGUGAUUCACACACUUUACCUGUACAAGUUUUAGAGACUGGCCAAUUGUAUAAUAGGAAACUAAAUAAAUCGUAAUCUAUUUUAAUCUUAAA